AUGGCAAAUGCACGAACAAUACGGGAGUUGGCCGCUCCAAACUUGACCCAACAACCUCUCUGCAUAACUUUCCCUCGCCUUAGUGAAAAUGUAGCUUUUGAAUUAAAACCUGGUCUAAUACAUUUGUUGCCUACUUUUCAUGGUCUGUCAGGUGAGGAACCCCACAAACACAUGCAGGAAUUUGAUGUGGUGUGUUCGAGUAUGAAGCCUUUGGGAGUAACUGAUGAACAAAUUAAGUUAAGGGCCUUUUCUUUUUCUCUCAAGGAUUUGGCAAAAGACUGGUUAUACUGUCUACCUGCAGGCAUUAUCACCACGUGGCCAGAGAUGCAGAAAAAAAUUUUUGAAAAAUAUUUCCCUGCGUCCAGAGCUGCUAGUUUGCGAAAGGAAAUAUGUGGCAUCAAACAAUUUCACGGGGAAUCCUUGUAUGAAUAUUGGGAGAGGUUCACCAGGCUGCGCACCCGAUGCCCUCAACACCAAAUAAGUGAUCAACUGCUGAUUCAGUACUUCUACGAGGGGCUACUGAUGAACGAUAGAAAUAUCAUUGAUGCAGCAAGUGGAGGCGCACUGGUGAAUAAGACUACCCAAGAGGCUUGGGAACUAAUCGAGCGAAUGGCAGAGAACUGCCAGCAGUUUGGUACAAGAGAGGAUGUUCCUACGAGGAAGGUCAACGAGAUAGCUGUAGGAAAUGUACAGCAGGCCAAAGUGUGUGGGAUUUGUACGAACAUUGGUCAUACCACUGACUCGUGCCCACAGUUACAAGAGGAGGGAAUUGAGCAAGCAAACAUGGCUGGUAACAUGCCCAUGCCACGUAGACAGUAUGACCCCUAUUCCAACUCAUACAAUCCGGGUUGGAGGGAUCAUCCAAAUCUGAGUUAUGGGGGAAAUAAGCAACAAAAUUUCACCCCCAAUAGACAACAGGGCUUCCAGCAACAAUAUUAA